UCCGUCCUCACCAUCCAAGCCGCGCUGCACCUCAUCACCAUCACCACACGCACAACGUUCAACGCCCUCAAUCAAUCCAUUCGGCACUACUUCCCGCGUCAUAUCGAGCAUCUUGACCGAACAUCUUGGGCUCUUAUAUCCAAGCGAGCCAGCCCCAAGCUCUCGUUAUCUUGACCUACGCUCCUUGCACCCCCCAGUUGCCACCUCCAGCCCACACUGAUGAAGCGGGCGACGCCGCCUCCGGGCGAGGCGACUCCUUCCACCCCCUUCAACGAAAACUCCACCCCUCUGAAAGAAAACAGAAAACAACGACGGGCAAGGCUAAGGGCUAUGGAGGGCAAUCCGGAUGCUACUUCGGACGGAGCGAGCGACUUCAAAGAGGACGAACCUCAGCAGAGCCAGCAGAGCAGGAACAAGAGAAGGCAGAACGAGGGAACAGCGAACGAGUAUUACGAUUUCACAAAGAACUCGGGAGAUGAGGCCUGCUCCAAGUGUGGUCUGGCCGGGCACAGUGUGACUACCUGCACCACUCUUCCUCCCCCGUACGCAGAAGCCGAGCCGCGCGCCGGCCCUUCCGGCCAGUCACUUGACGGAGGAGAAGGCACCUCAACUAUCAACAGCGAUGACCCAGGAGCGCCGUCAAAGUUCAAGCCUUUUAGGCGCAUGGCCAUCAGCGUUACCCUCCCUGAGAGUGACGAUGAGGAGGAGGGCGAUGAUGGCAGAGGCAGUGGCGCGAAGGAGCAGAAGACCUCCGGAGGAAUGAACUCCAAGCGCUCUUCGCCACCUGCCCCCCCUCCCGGUUCCCCACCUCCGCCGCCCCUACUCCUCCCAGCCCACGUGAGCAUGGGUGAUGAGGACCAGGACGCUGUGGGACAGGAUGCACCCCCACUUGAUGUCGUUGUGGAGAACACAGAUAUGACCGGCAUCGCAGUGUUGGACGAUAGCCGUGCAACGGGUGCCGUCCGCUACUAUGACCCGAGAGCAACCGAUGAGUUUUUCGCAAGUGCAGAUCUUCGCAGCGUUUGCAAGAAGUGCAAGAAGCCGGGACAUACUGACCGCAACUGUGACGUGGAGAUUUGUCUACGAUGCGGCGAGGAAGGCCAUGAGCGCAACUCGUGCCCUUACGGCCAGACGUGUAGAUAUUGCGGCUUGAGCGGUCACUCUGCAAUGGAGUGCAAGCAGCGAGCUGUUCAAGCUCAUGACACGGGUACAGUCAAGUGUACGCUUUGCGGCAGCAAUCGCCAUGGCACGACGGGCUGUGAGCUGGCAUGGCGCACGUAUGUCUACUAUCCGCCUGAUGUGCGCGAGGAGGUUGUCAGAAGUAAGAGCGAAGCCAAGGGUUGGAAGCUCGAGGCGGUCGGCAAGAACCCCAUGUCCUUGUUUUGCUUCAAUUGCGCGAGGGAAGGACACUUGGGUGACGUGAGUGAAUGAUGAUAGCGACAGAGCAGCACAGAGAUGACCGGGCAUAUGCUUACUGGCAGGACUGCGGCAUGCCUAAAGGUUCCAAAGCGCCGAUCUUUGCGUACCCCACCGCGUUCUCUGCUGCAAUGGCCAGUCGCGGGCCGUAUGCCGCAAGCUUCUCGCGUGGACGUUACGAGGCCCGCCCAGCGGGGAC